AUGGAUAUCAAACUACCUACCGGCCUAUAUCGAAAACGGGCCAUUGUGGAGGAGCUGUCGCUGCUUCGAGACCUGGAGAUGUUUUCCAGUGUAUCGGGCUUUGGCCAGAACUUGUAUAUGGGUACCAGCACCGGUCAGCUUCUUCACUAUCAUCGAUUUGAUGAUAGUCCAGGUUUCCUCUUGAUUUCUCAACAGCACCUCAGAAAUAGCCCCAUUACACAGAUCCUCGUGGUGACCAAGAGCAACCGUGCUGUGGCCCUAUGUGGUGGAGUCUUGUACUUGUUUUCGCUCCCAGAGCUUUCACCACUUCAGUCUGGCAAACUUCGAGACGUGGAACAUAUUCUGCUUUUCCACCAGUCUGACAUUAUCAUGGUGGCAAAAGACAAGCUUCGAAUCAUCCGGUUCUUGGGGUCCGAGGUCAAGCUCGUUAAGGCUGUGAGCGAUAUCUCGGCCUCCAAGGCUGUUGGUCACUAUUCCAAUAAUCUUAUCACAUAUGCUACACUCCACGAAUACUCAAUAGUAAACCCAGAAGAUGGGAACCGGACCCCGUUGUUUGAGUAUGACACGGAAGGAAAAGUGGUACCCAACAUGGUAGCGUUCCAGCCACCGGAUACGGAAAAGGAAGAGAUUCUUCUAACCAUCAGGUCUGACACCAACACUUCGAUAGGUAUGUUCAUUUCUGCCACGGGAGAUCCUACGCGAGGAACUCUAUCGUGGAUUAAUAAGAGAUAUCCUAACGGUGGGAUUGCGGUGCAAUGGCCCUACGUAUUUGGGAUUUUUGAUGAUAAGUUCAUAGUUUCUUCGCUCGAAGACUUGAGUAUCAUAGCAGAGCAUGAAAUUGAGGGCACAUUGAUAAAUAUCCCUAACCCCGUGUCAGUGGAUAAUGAAGCAUAUUCAUUAAAGGGGGUGAGUGCCAUAAGCAUAGACUCCGACCUUGUUGUUUUUGAUGCCAAAGCAGUUUAUGUGGUGUACAAAGAAACAGCUGUGAAUUUGUUUUUAGAGGACUUGAUCAGCCUCAUCAAGGGACAGUCGCUGAGUAUCUCUCUUUUGGAAAAUGAGACAGACCCUCUCUACAAUGAGCUACUUUUUCUCUAUUUGGUGUUUAACAAGGAGUUUGCCAAAUUAGAAGCCUUUGCUGAUGCCACUUACCAAGAUCUCAUUAUUUGCCUAUACACGGGAGACGAAGGAAAACAUGCUUUCUACAGGGGAGUUGAAAGAGUGAUUGACGUGUUAAGACCACAUCUAGAUGAUCAUUUCCGUGCCUUUGCCUUUAAGAGCAUCCAACAAACGUAUCUAAAGUCCCACCAGCUUGAUUUACAGCUUAUCGCAUAUUCGAGCUUUGAUACUAGCACUGAAUUUAUUGACUUUGUGAAGAAGGACACAAAGUCGUGGAAUUCACCCACAGAUCAGUUGAAUCUGAUAAUAAGGGAUCUAGAGUCCAAGAAUCUCCAUACCGCUGUUCUUUAUCUGUAUAUUCUCCUAAAGGAGGAUGAAAAGAUCUGCUCAUUAUCAGUCAAGUUUUUGACUGGCGAAUAUACUGAUAGUCACCACUUCCAACUCACAAAUCUCAUUCUUGACAGUUUAGAUAAACUUGAAGACCCUAAGAUAUACCGGGAUGCAUUGCUUGAAGUGCUUCGGGUUGAUUCUAAAAGAGGCAUCUCGUAUAUAAAGAAACAUGUCAAUGGUAAGCACAAAAAGACCCAUAACGAAAUAAUCAGCCAGGUAAAUAACCUCGCGACAGACGAAGAUUAUGCUCAACUCAAGUUGGAAGUUAUCGAAAACAGCUACAGAGACAAAUCUGCUAGUGCUGAAGAACUUCUUGAGCAUCUUCUAGGAAUGUUGAAGUCUCCCAAUGAAGUGGCAGUCAACAAUUUCGGAAUCUUGUACCAAACUUACCUUAUUGAAAACACAUUUGGUACACAUAAACCAAUAAGUAGCUGGGUGGGCUUCUUGCAAUCAAUUAUGGACACCACGGAGUGCCGUAAUUUCAUUGAAAUAUACCUUAAAACGUUCGAGAUCUUGAACUUUACUGGAACUUCACAUCUAUCUGAACUUGAGUUUGUUGGAGACAACUCGAUCUAUGACUUCUUCCGAUGCUGUUUCACUGAUGACGACAAGGUGUCUGGAUUACUUGAUUUCAGAGACUACUUUUCAGCCGAGUUCUAUUGUAUCUAUGGUAAACCUCCAUACCCUCCUCACAAGUACUACGUGUGUGAAGACCUCAAACCAAUUGAUGGGUACAAACACCUUCUUCAGAAGGUGUUCCACACAUAUAAAACCAACGAAAAUAAUCAAGCUAUCAGGCAUUUCAUCAACACUUAUGGUGGCAUUUACACCCCGGGAGAGAUUAUCGACAUGCUACCAUCAAAUCUCUCUCUUGCAUACGUUCAAGACUAUUUCAUUAAUGUGCUUACUCGGUUGGAAGGUCAGCAUCGCAGCUUAGUGAUCAAGAAAUUGUUCAGUAAGUUGGAUGCAAAAUCCAGCAACCUCCUAUUUACAGAUUUGGCUACUAACAAUAACCUUACAUAA